GCAGCACGAUGACCAAGAAGGUGUUCACCAACACACGGGAGCGCUGGCGGCAGCACAACGUCAACACUGCCUUCACUGAGCUCCGCAAGCUCAUCCCCACCCACCCGCCAGAGAAGAAGCUGAGCAAGAACGAGAUCCUGCGGCUGGCCAUGCGCUACAUCAACUUCCUGGUGCAGUUGCUGGAGAGCCAGAGUGGUCAGCCGGCCUCGCACUCCCCAACCGCCCUGCUCACCUUCCUCAGGGGCAACGUGGAACGUCUCCACUCCUCUUCCAGGACCUGGGGCCUGACCAGCGACACUGACGCCCCCUCCCCUGGAUCAAGCUGUGACAGUACCGAGGCCUGGUAGUGUGCCUGCUGCAGUUUCCUCUGAUGGGUGAUCAUCAUCUACCACUCCCUGGGGUAAAACUGUCUGUCACUAUACCCCCACCCAUAAACUCCAUUUUAGCUCUGCAACACUUGAGGGGGACAGUGUUGGUGGUGAUGGCAAGCAGAGGAUGUUUGUGUGGUGUUUGUGGGUGAUGCCGUCCCUGCUGAAAUAAAGAGAUGGAGAUGGAUGUAUUUAGCUACACUUGUAUGUUUGAAAUUAUGACGGGAUGAUGGGAGCCUUGUGAAAUGUAAUCUGUUAUCUGCAUGGAUGUACCGGUAGCUUGGAUGUAUUCCCAUCUUCAUGUCUGACAUGUAUGUUCAUCCUGUCAGUGGUGAAAGAUGUCUGCAUCAAAAAUGUUUCGUUUUGAAAUGAGAAAUAAGGAUGCAUUAAGGCCAUGAAGGACAAUUUAAAGGAUUAAGAAAUAGAA